UCUCAGCAGUGAAGUCAGACAGUGUUCAGUAGAAGUUUGGUCAUGUCUGGGCUGCUGGGUGUUCGCCUGCUGCUGCUGUGGGGCUUCGCCUGCCUCUGGCUCUGCAGCUCGGCCUCCGGGGAUCUGCUCAUCUCCAGGGACAAUGAAGCUCUGCAGGAAACAAGAGAAGCUGCCAGAAGACUGCAGAAAAGGAGUCCAAAUGAGAAAACGGUGGAGGUCUACCGUGUGGCAGUCGACUGCACCGUGACGUCUCGUUUCGCCCACACUGUCAUGACCUCCAUGGCUGUGAACAAAGCAAACGUGUCCCAGGAAAUCUUUUUUGAAAUGGAGCUGCCCAAAACUGCAUUCAUCACAAACUUCAGCAUGGAAAUAGAAAGUAAGAUGUAUGUUGGAGAGGUGAAGGAGAAAGAGAAAGCUAAGGAACAGUAUCGGAAGGCCGUUUCCUCUGGACAGACUGCUGGACUGGUCAAGGCUUCAGGAAGAAAGAUGGAGAAGUUUUCCGUGUCUGUCAACAUUGCAGCAGAAAGUAAUGUGACUUUCAUAUUGACCUACGAGGAGCUGCUUCAGAGGAAACUGGGCCAGUAUGAGAUUCUGACCCGAGUUAAACCUAAAACACUGGUCCAAGAAUUUGAGAUUGUGACAAACAUCUAUGAGCCUCAGGGCCUCUCUUAUGUUGACACCCAUGCAACCUUCCUGUCCAAUGAACUGCUCCCCCUGGUGGAGAAAACUGUCACAGACAAAAAGGCACGCAUCUCUUUUUCACCAACUAUGGAUCAGCAGAGGAAGUGUCCGGGUUGUGAUGGAACGCUCAUUGAUGGAGAUUUCAUCAUUAAGUAUGACGUGAACCGACAGACGAGCCUCGGGGACAUUCAGAUCGUGAACGGAUACUUUGUGCACUUCUUUGCUCCUCCUGACCUGCCCAGAGUCCCAAAGAACGUGGUGUUUGUGAUCGACAGGAGCGGAUCCAUGAGUGGGAUAAAGAUGCAACAGACACGGGAAGCAAUGCUUGCCAUCCUGAAAGACCUCCAUGAAGAGGACUACUUUGCCCUCAUCCCAUUUGACAGCUCCAUUGAACCCUGGAAGGAAUCACUUAUCAAAGCAACCAAGGGGAAUGUGGCUGAAGCCAUGGCCUAUGUCAAGAAGAUAAACGACAGAGGAGCCACUGAUAUCAAUGGUGCCGUACUGAGAGGUGUAGAAAUGCUGGUCCAAGGCAAACAGAGCAAAACACUACCAGACAGAAGCGUGGAUAUGAUUAUUUUGCUGACUGAUGGGAUGCCAAACGUUGGAGUGUCUGACACCUCAGUGAUCCAGCAGAAUGUGCGUUCUGCUAUUGGAGGAAAUAUGUCUCUGUUCUGUCUUGGAUUUGGAAAUAGCGUGGAUUAUGGCUUCCUGGAUGUGAUGAGUCAGCAAAACAAAGGGCUGGCUCGUAGAAUCUAUGAGGCUUCGGAUGCAACACUGCAGCUCCAGGGUUUCUAUGAUGAAGUGUCCAGCCCUCUGCUUUCAGAGGUGGACUUAAGGUAUCCUGACAAUGUAGUGGAGUUACUGACCACCAACCAUUUCAACCAGUUGUUUAAUGGCUCAGAGAUCGUGGUGGCUGGGCGGCUGAUGGACAACGACAUGGACAACUUCCUGUUGGAAGUGACUGGCCAAGGGUUUGAAGAAGAUUUCAAGGUGCAGGGCCAGGCCAAGGCAUUGGACUGGGGUGUGAUGUACCCAGACGAGAAGUACGUCUUUGGAGAUUUCACUGAGCGUCUGUGGGCCUACCUCACCAUUCAGCAGCUACUGGACAAGAGCAAAACUGGUGCCUCAGACGAGAAAGCCAACGCCACAGCCAAAGCCCUGGACAUGUCCCUGCAGUACAGCUUCGUCACCCCUCUCACCUCCAUGGUGGUGACCAAACCUGAAACUGAGGACGGUCCAGACAGCCCCCUUAUCGCCGACAAGCUGACUGAGGUGCAAAGACAACUGGCAGAAAAAAUGAGUGCACGCCACUACGGUUAUGCGAGAAGUCCACCACGUCUGGCACAUUACCCACCAUCACCCACUUAUUUUGUGGACGGCGAUCCUCAUUUCAUGAUAGAGCUCCCUGACAGAGACGACGCUCUGUGCUUCAACAUCAACGACAAACCAGGAACUAUUUUCAAUCUGGUCAGAGAUGCACAAUCAGGUAUUUUGGUCAAUGGCCAGAUCAUUGGAGACAAGAAGAUUCCCCCCGAUGGGAAAAUCAACACCUAUUUUUGGCGUUUUGGCAUCGUCCAUAAGACUCUGGGGGUCCGACUGGAGGUGAACACUCAGGACAUCUCAGUGUUCCAGGAUGGCAAACGGAUCAAGCUGCCUUGGUCUGAUACAUCUUCUCUCAAAGGACCCAACGUCGAUCUUCUCGUGACCAAAGACCGAAGCCUUAAAGUGACUCUAAAAGAUUCAGUAAAGUUUGUGAUUCUGCUACACAAAGUGUGGGAGAAGCAUCCUUACCACCGGGACUACUUGGGUUUCUACACCCUGGACAGCCACCUCUUGUCCCCAUCAGUUCAUGGCCUUCUAGGUCAGUUCUAUCAUGGGAUUGAGUAUGAGGUGACAGACCUGCGUCCAGGAGAAUUCCCGGAAAAACCAGACGCCACCAUGUUUGUGAAAGGACAAGAGCUCAAUGUGACCAGAGGCUGGCAGAGAGACUUCAGGCAUGAUGUGAAGAACGGAGAAAACGUUCCCUGUUGGUUCAUUCACACUAACGGAACAGGCCUCAUUGACGGAGAUGCAACAGACUACGUUGUGUCAGGCCUUUUUAAAACAGUUUAAACACAGGUUUCACAUCCAUGACUGUCAUUGAAAUCAUCGAAUUUACAGUGUAAUUAUUCAAAUCUACCUGCAGUAACAUCACAAGUGCUCAUCAUGUAUCUGAAGGACAACAGGCUUCACUCGCAGUGUUUCAUUCACAAUUUCAGAAUAAUUCCCCUUAAAUAUGUUGGUUUUCUUUUAGUUUUUCAUUGUUUCCAACAUUGUGGGAGAUAUCCAACAACAGAGUCAAUAAUGGCCGAUUUCAAACUGAUACAUCUUCUUUGAUUGUUUUUGUGAUGUUUUUUCAUCCUGGUCUAACUGUGUGCUAUCGCCAGGAGCUGACAGGUUGUAAAAUGGGAUCCAAAGGCAACUCUGCUAAAAAAGUCUGGAGUCUGGUAUUGUUGAUUUGAAGUCCUAUUUCACAUGACACCUAAUAAAUGUUACCAUCAUUAUGACAAA